UCCACCCCUUUUCCUCUCUCUCUCUCUCUCUCUUGAUAUCUGUACACGCCACAGAAUAGCAGUGCCAUACACUUCUGCUGCAGAGGCACUGUUAAUCAUCGGAUCAAAAUUCCAUUGGUUUCUACUCAUUCACUUUUUUCUGAUCUCCCCGCGACCACAGCACCACCUCCAGCUCACCAUAGCCGUCAACUCGCCUCUGAAAAUUACCCUAAUACCCCGCCCCCCUUGCAUUUCCCCUUCACUGUCGUCACUCUACUGCUCCACUCUCCAACCCGGUUGAAGAUUCUACUUUUCUUGCUAAUUGGAGAGCUAUACAGUUGCAUUUGGUUUGAUUCGUGUUCGUCUGCUUGCUCUGUAUGGUAUAGUUGACUGGGACAGAGAGUAUUGGAUGAGCGCGGAUGCCGAAUGGGGGUUUUGGAUUUAGGGCUUAUUUGGGAAAGGGGGUAGUCUUCUUCUGAUGUCAAGAAACGGAGAUAGGAUGAACAACCCUGACGUCAGCAGAGCUGGUGGGACAGUCGAGAGAGACAUCGAGCAGGCAAUUACUGCUCUUAAGAAAGGAGCGCACUUACUCAAGUAUGGAAGAAGAGGGAAGCCUAAAUUUUGUCCUUUCCGUCUCUCAAAUGAUGAGUCUCUUCUGAUAUGGUUCUCGGGUAAAGAAGAGAAGCACCUCAAACUUAGUCAUGUAUCCAGGAUUAUAUCUGGUCAGCGAACUCCAAUUUUUCAAAGGUACCCACGACCUGAGAAGGAAUACCAGUCCUUUUCUCUUAUAUACAAUGACAGAUCACUUGAUUUGAUAUGCAAGGACAAGGAAGAAGCAGAGGUGUGGUUUAGUGGGCUUAAGGCAUUGAUUUCCCGUGGUCAUCAGCGUAAGUGGAGAACAGAAUCUAGGAGUGAUGGAAUUUCAUCUGGAGCUACUAGUCCCAGAACAUACACGAGAAGAAGUUCUCCACUGAAUUCCCCAUUUGGAAGUGGUGAUAGCAUGCAGAAGGAUGGUGCUGGUCAACUUCGUAUUCAUAGUCCUUAUGAUAGUCCUCCUAAAAAUGGUCUGGAUAAGGCAUUUUCAGAUGUUAUACUGUAUGCAGUCCCACCCAAGGGUUUCUUCCCUUCUGAUUCUGCCACUGGUUCUGUCCAUUCCAUUUCAUCUGGAGGUUCAGAUGGCAUGCAUGCGCACAUGAAAGGAAUGGGAGUGGAUGCCUUCAGAGUAAGCCUUUCGAGUGCUGUAAGCUCCUCGAGUCAAGGUUCUGGUCAUGAUGAUGGUGAUGCCUUAGGGGAUGUUUUCAUGUGGGGAGAAGGAACAGGUGAUGGCAUUAUCGGGGGUGGACCCUAUAAAGUGGGAAGCUGUUUUGGUGCCAAAAUGGAUUCGUUUCUGCCCAAGGCAUUGGAAUCUGCAGUGGUGUUAGAUGUUCAGAACAUAGCUUGUGGCGGACGACAUGCUGCCUUAGUGACCAAACAAGGAGAGAUAUUUUCUUGGGGUGAGGAGUCGGGAGGUAGGCUCGGUCAUGGUGUAGAUUCGGAUGUCUUGCAUCCAAAACUAAUUGAUGCCCUCGGCAAUACUAACAUUGAGCUUGUUGCAUGUGGUGAAUACCAUUCUUGUGCUGUCACACUUUCUGGAGAUUUGUACACUUGGGGUGAAGGUCAUUUUGGCCUUCUAGGGCAUGGGAAUGAAGUGAGUCAUUGGGUGCCCAAAAGAGUUAAUGGGCCAUUGGAGGGGAUUCAUGUAUCUUCAAUUGCAUGUGGGCCUUGGCAUACUGCUGUUGUGACAUCUGCAGGGCAGUUGUUUACUUUUGGUGAUGGAACCUUUGGGGUUCUUGGUCAUGGAGACAGGGAAAGUGUUUCAAAGCCUAGAGAAGUGGAGUCCCUGAAGGGUCUCCGGACUGUACGAGCAGCAUGCGGUGUGUGGCAUACUGCUGCAGUUAUUGAAGUAAUGGUUGGAAGCUCAAGUUCCAGUAAUUGUUCUUCAGGCAAACUUUUUACAUGGGGAGAUGGUGACAAAGGCCGACUUGGACAUGGUGACAAGGAAUCGAAACUUGUUCCAACCUGUGUUGCUGCUCUCGUUGAACCAAACUUUUGUCAGGUUGCUUGUGGACACAGCAUGACAGUUGCUCUUACAACAUCUGGGCACGUGUACACUAUGGGCAGUUCAGUUUAUGGACAGCUAGGGAACCCUCAAGCUGACGGCAAGCUCCCUUCUCGUGUUGAAGGAAAACUUGGGAAGAGUUUUGUGGAGGAGAUUGCUUGUGGUGCCUAUCAUGUGGCUGUACUGACUUCGAGAACUGAAGUUUAUACAUGGGGGAAGGGAGCAAAUGGUAGAUUGGGCCACGGGGAUGCUGAUGAUAGAAACUCUCCAACUUUAGUCGAAGCUUUAAAGGACAAGCAAGUAAAGAGUAUUGCUUGUGGUACUAAUUUCACUGCAGCUAUCUGCCUCCAUAAGUGGGUCUCAGGGGUUGAUCAGUCCAUGUGUUCUGGAUGCCGCCUACCAUUUAAUUUCAAAAGAAAACGUCACAAUUGCUAUAACUGUGGGCUUGUGUUUUGUCAUUCAUGCAGCAGCAAGAAGUCACUGAGGGCUUCUAUGGCACCAAAUCCCAAUAAACCAUACCGGGUUUGUGAUAAUUGUUUCAAUAAAUUGAAGAAAGCUCUUGAAACCGACACAUCAUCUCAUUCAUCUAUGAGCAGACGCGGAAGUAUGAAUCAGGUGAUAAAUGAUAUUAUGGACAAAGAUGAUAAGCUGGAUAUCAGAUCUCGUCCGCAGCUUGCUAGAUUCUCUUCAAUGGAAUCCUUGAAACAAGGGGAGUCCCGCACCUCAAAGAGGAACAAAAAAUUGGAAUUCAAUAGUAGUCGUGUAUCACCAAUCCCAAAUGGAAGCUCCCAAUGGGGGGCACAAAAUAUCUCUAAAUCUUUCAAUCCAGUAUUUGGAUCAUCUAAGAAGUUUUUCUCAGCUUCUGUUCCUGGAUCCAGAAUUGUUUCUCGAGCAACAUCACCAAUAUCAAGACGAACCAGUCCUCCUCGUUCUACUACCCCAACUCCUACUUUGGGAGGUCUUACAUCUCCCAAGGUUGUUCUGGACGAUGCAAAAAUGAUAAAUGAUAGCCUCAGCCAGGAAGUAAUAAAAUUAAGAGCACAGGUAGAAAGUCUCACUCGGAAGGCUCAACUUCAGGAGUUAGAGCUGGAAAGGACAACAAAGCAGCUGAAGGAGGCAAUAGCAAUUGCAGGGGAAGAGACUGCGAAAUGCAAAGCAGCAAAAGAAGUGAUUAAGUCGCUUACUGCACAACUGAAGGAAAUGGCUGAAAGGCUUCCAGUGGGUUCCGCUAGAAACAUGAAAUCUCCGCCCUUCACUCCACAUGGUCCCUCUUUGUCUAGUGAUGUUUCAAAUGCCUCUUUUAAUGGCAUUAAUGGUCAAAUAAAUGGCCAGGAACUGGAACCAUAUGAGUCAAACAACCUGUUGCUUUCUAAUGGAUCCAGUACUGCAAGUAAUCGCAGUUUGCUUCAGAACAGACAAGCUAAUGUGGAACCUACGAUGAGAAAUGGAAAUAGAUCAAAAGAAAGUGAUUCUCGUAAUGAAAAUGAAUGGGUUGAGCAAGACGAACCUGGUGUUUAUAUUACUCUGACCUCCUUACCUGGAGGGCUCAAAGAUUUGAAACGAGUUCGUUUCAGUCGGAAACGGUUUAGUGAGAAGCAAGCAGAACAAUGGUGGGCAGAGAACCGGGCAAGAGUAUAUGAACAAUACAAUGUACGGAUGGUUGACAAGUCAAGCGUUGGUGUAGGAAGUGAGGACUUAGCACAUUGACAUCUGGAUGGAUGUAUCCUCUGUAUAUGAAAUCAUUGGUUUUUCUAUUGACCCCCAGUACAGUUCUGAUUCAGUCACAGGAAAAUAUCACAUUAAGUAGAUUGGCAUUUACGCUCCAAUGUCGGAAGCUUGGUUGCCAUACAAAGUGAGAUUAGAGGAUCUAGAGGUUUUCUUUGUGGGAUUUUCUAAUCCUUUCUUUUCCUUUUUUCCCAGUUCUAACCCUCUAUUGUUUUUAUGGCUGGACUAUGGUUUUAUCAUUUUUUUCCCUGAGAUGCGCCUUUUGUUGGGGGUUGAGGGUGAGAAAUGUAGAUUCUUGCUAGGGUGCUGGCUCUAGUUGUGAGCAGCUUCCAUGUAAAUUUCAUAAGCAGGUUCAUCUUCAGCUUUUCUACUUCUGAUUCUAAUUUCUUAUAUCCUUUGAGUUGCUCAUGUUUUGUCUUUCCAUUGUUCCAAUGCGACUAAUGCCAUCCUAUUGCUUGCUUGUA